AUGCUCCUAUCUGCACAACAGAAUCGACCUUCCUCCGCAUCUAGUUCCUCACAAGCGUCGGUGCUUCCAUUAGCAGGACCUGGCCCUUCGACACAGACUUAUCGCUCGGGUUCUAGCACCUCCGACAAUGCGAAGAGCAAGACGUCUACUAGCAAGCCCUCGAACACGUUCCAGGAGAUCAUGUCCGGCCUGCGUGGUCCUACUUGGGCGGGCACAGUUGCAACGUCAAGUGCGUCAUCAGACGCAGCUGUUCAGCGCGCUAGAGACGAGGCCGUUGGUGGUCUCCAGGGCCGGGAAUCCAGCAAGAGUCCUCGGAAGCGAUCUCGGCGCGACUCGUCACCAGAGCCACCACCUCAGCGCAAGUCAAGUAACACCAAGGGCAAAGCUCGCGCAACUUCGGGCGCCCAAGGCCCCGGACGGGAGGCUGGGCAGUUUAAGAAGAAGAAAAUGGGGCGUCCAGCAAACGUCAUCGCCGCACAGGGCGUCCCAUCCUUGUUCUUCAUCUUCGCGGGUCCGUACGUGGAGGCUGGCCGGAAUGGACAGAAGAAGCUCCCGUCUAGUUCGGAACGUGCACCUAGUGAAACCGACUUUGAGAAUGCACUGGGUUACGGCCAGGCUGUGCGCAACACCCUGCAUCCAAUGCUGAUCGAUCCCGCGGACUCACACGAAACCGUCAUGGACAGUAUUGAAGAUUUUGCUCCCGAGAUGUUCCGGUACAUGGAUCUCUUCUAUCCUGACGCGCGCAAACAGCUCUUUCUUGCCUUCAAAGACGGAAGGUCAAAGGUUAUGGGACUUGUGCAGAAGCAGGAGUUUACGGGCGCGGACGUCCUCACACACCGCUCACCGAAGGCUGGUGAUAUCAGCAGGAAGGUUGUAUAUCUUGCCAUCUUUGCGCCGUUCAGGGAACGGAACAUGUCGCGCUGGGUGGCAAAACAGUGCCCGUCCAAACGUCGCCUCGAAUACGCACCCGAUUUCGAUCCGGAUGCACUGGAGGACGAGUUAUCCUUCGAUGAGGGAGAUGCAGCGUCUGAUAGUGAUGGUGACGGGCUCUCUCCUAAGGAACAUUGGCGGCGUUCUUUAGGAAAGCUGGACAACAAGGGCAAGGGAAGGGCAUCAGAACCGUCUGCUGCAGCUGGCGCUGAGCAGUCCUCACCGUCGGAGCCCACUCCUGUACCCACUCCUCGCAUCUCCCCCCGCACACUACCAACCCCAACUGCACCCGAACACAGGUCCACGGGAAUGUCUGACCAACUGGCGCUUUCGGCCGAUGAACGUCGCCAGACCGAGCGCCGGCUGGUCCGCGCAACUAGUAGUCUCGCGUCAUUCUCACUGGGGACUGCGGCAGAAACCACGGAGGUGUUAACGGGUACUACCGAUGCAUUUGCGCCAGGCUUGUUAGGGGAAGACUUCGAAAGCGCUCUUUUCAAUGAUUUUGGGUCUGGGCAUGUUGAAGACUUCUCCGCGCAGAUUAUCCUCUCGGGUUACAGCCCUUUCCUGGUGCCCAAUCUACCCCUCAUCCCCAGUGGGAACGCCGCGUGA